AGUUACAAGGAGUCUUAGUGCAAGCCAGAUCAGUCAUGUUGAAGAACAAAAGUAGGUAGUGGUUGGAGGACUGUGAAGGGGGAAUUUUGGUAUGAAAUGUGAGUUUAGAGGUAUUCAAGUGAAAGAGACGAUCGAUGAUCCCUAUGACCCGAGGAUUUUGUGCCAGAAUUAUUGUAAUUUGGGAAAGAAAAAUAAAAGAUUUGGGGGUGAAAGUGAAGAGGAUGGAGACAUCUUUGCCCCAGUAUCCGUAGAUCUGAGUCCUUCUGUCAGAGAAAAGCAGAGGUAUAACCUAAACCUGCUAAAAUUUCAAGUGGCAACCAAGAUGAAGAAUAUUGAAAAAUAAAAUGGAAACAAAUGACAAGGAGAAAAAAGAAAAACUCCAGAUCAAACGUCGCUCUGUGAUUAAAAUGAUAAAGACUCCUCAAAAUAUUUAAGAUUAACAGACUAAGCUCACAAAAACUUCUUGAGUGGGAGCAAAAAGGGGCUAAGAGAGCGAUAAAGGAGCUACCUGAGAAAGAAGCAAAUGAGUCACCGAUAAAGGAGAGAACUGAUGAGUCUAAAAAGAUAGCAUUAUCUCUUUUAGAUAACUCUAAUAAGUCAGUCUCCGAACCUAGCAAGGAUUCCCUUAAUGAUAGGGAAAGCAGUGAUAUCAAGCCUGUUACGACUGAAAAGACCCAGCCAGAAGAGGAUUCAUUAGAAAAUGAGACAGAAACAAAGCAAUCUAAAACAUUUGAUGGGUCUAAUCACUCUGAAAACACCGCUACUCAGAUCAAUCGAGUUGUGACGCAUAACUCAGUUGAAAAACACAUGAACGCUACAUUCGAUUCUAUCCAAAUCAAGCUAAAACUAAAGCCAAAGCCAAAUUCCAAAAACAGAGCACCUAAUAGCAAUUAUGACCAGUCCCUGUGCAGCUUUAAGGAAGUAAAGUCUAUCAUCCAAAAGAGAUUGUCUCUUAAGAACAAAAGCAAGUAUGACUUGGACCAUUUCUUGCCCAAAGCUAAGCAGAAAGUAUACGAUUAUUAUAAUCAAGAAGAAGACGUCCCAGUGAUCGAUCCUAAAUAUGAUCAAGAUGAAAAGAAACAAGAACAUUUAUCCCAACUAGUGAGUCAAAAUUUGGAUAAAGAGAAGCAACCUGAGAGUUCACAUAACGAAUCAUGUAAAGAACAAUCCGUUCAUCAGCAGCCACCUGAUGAGCAUAUGAAGAAGGAAGAGAAGAAAACUCUACCAAAGUUUAGAAGGACCUUGUUUGGAGAAAUACUCUCAGAGUCCCCUCGAAAGAAAGAAAUAGAAACACCUACCAAGUCUAUAUUUGCUAACUAUGUUUUUAAAACUCCUCCUCCAAAUAUUAGUGUAAACAAGAUUCCUGAAGAAGUCAAAGAGGUUGAGGAUGAAAUAAUUGAAGAAAAGGACAUCUCACCCAUAGUAGAAACCAAGUCAGAGAGUAGUAUAGCUACCAGUUUGAACCUCUCAGAUGCUUGAGAGCAAGAAAUCAUUAAGAUAAAUUUCCCAAAGAAGAAUACCUUUCUGGCUCCUGAGACUGAAACUGCAAUUGAGAGCAAUAUCUCUUUAAAAUUUGGACCCUCCUUUAGGUCUAAUAGUCUCGCAAGAAAUCCUGUUAACAAAGUGCAUAGCUUAUUAAAGACCUCUAAUUUCUCAGGCCAAAUUCUUCGAACAUCUAAUGUCAAGAACGACUUCUUGACAACUAAUCAAAUAUCUGAGAGCCCUGGGAAGAAGACUUCUAAGUCAAAGCUCUCUAAUCAAGGAAAUAGCCUGAAACCAGUAUAUCUCACACCAUGAAAGAACAAAUCAGCGUUGAAUAAAUCUCUGAAGCAUUGUCUUCAUGCUACAUCUGUGAAGAAGAUGCGGAAGAUUACUUACAAAAGAGAACAGCUUCUCACACAUAAGAAAUGAAUAAGUAUGCUUGCUGACUUCAAUAAUCUGGCAACGACUGAGAAGAGUCCUUCUGGGUAUCAAGCUAGUCCUCUCUUUCCAAAGAUAGAAAGAAGUAGAACCCCUCUGGCCAAUAGGACGUACAACUCUAAAGGAAUGGUGAAAGUGCACAAUAAGUUAUUUAUAAUCAAAGCUCUUGAGCAGUAUCUCUUACCUGGUCCUAAUUGGGAGGUUGAGAGAAGUGAGAUAGAGGAAAAAGUUGAACAGUGAGGAAAAGGCCACUUUAUACUUCUCCUCAAAUCUAUCAGAGGCAAGAUGAUGUACGGAGGUGUGUACGUGGUUGACUCUAGUCAGAAAAUAUUUAAGGUUCACUCCUUCUAUAAUACUCCAUUUACUAUCACUUCAAAUAUGGUAAAUCAGUACUUAAGGUUUAAUUCAGCUCUUGAGCUGGAUGAGUUUGUAGGUACUUCUGAGUUCCACACUCUUGUGGAUGCUAUCAUUCUGAGGAAUUCUAGUUGGAGUUGAAUCAGGUCAAACGUUAGAAGCCCAGUUCCUCAAGGAAAGUCUUUAAACAUAGUCUCUUACAAACAAAAAGUAGAAUCAUCAAAUAAUUUAGUUCAACUAUCUUAA